AAAUCAACGUCAUAAUGCAGCGUCGAAUGCUCAGUAAAGAGGACGAGGCCCAGGGCGCCGGUGAUGAAACAGAGGUCCGUAGAGAAGACCAGGACAAGAUCAACAAAUUUAGCCGCCUGCACCAGCGAGAGCUGCUAAUAGAGGAGGAGCUCAAAGCUAAGAACAAAGACAAAGAGGAUUUGGAAGAAGUGUCGAAUGAGCUUGAGCUAGCGGAUGAGGAGGACUUUGUUCCUUACAAAAUGGGCGAUUCCUUCGUCUCUCUGCCGGUACCCGAAGUCCAGACCCUCCUCUCGUCAUCUACCGAAGCACUUGAGAAAGAGAUCACAUCACUAGAAGAAAAAUUGGAUUCGGUUCGGGAAGAGAUGUCUGGGCUCAAAGUUGCUCUUUACGCUCGAUUUGGUCGGAGCAUCAACUUGGAAACUUAGACGCCAUAGACUUUGGAUUCGCCACGAACAUUUCAAUGACGGCCGCGAGCA